UUUUAAUCUUCUCAGUGUAGUUUUUUUAUUAAUAAUCUGGGUUUUUACUAGCAAUCUUAUAUUAUAAUUAUUUUCCCGUAAAUAUCUUUUUGUCUAUUAGAAUCUUUUUGCAACAUUAUCAAAUAUCCUAAAUUGUUACAUAAAUUUUCUUCAUUUUUGAUAAAUCUAUUAUAAAAAAUGACGGAAGAAGAUGGUGAAAUUUACACUGAUUCAAGUGGUUCCAGUGAUGACGAAACUAUCAGUGCGUUAUUAUCAACUAAAAGCACCAAUACCAAUGUCACCAAGGAUGUAAAAAAGGAAGAAUCAAGUGAGGCACCUAAAAAGACAAAUAAACCUGAGGAAGCUAAACCUGAAACUAAAGUUGCCAAACUUGAAAAAAAAUCUGACUCGGACGACGAGUCUUCAGAUGACUCAGACUCUGAAAGUGAUGUGAAGGAGCUCAAGUCUGAGGAUUUGGAAAUUAAAGUUGAGAAACCAGUUGCUUCAAAUGCAAAAUUAGUUCCCAGCUCAAAAGAUACAAGCGAGAAACCUCAAUCGCCAAAAAGGAAAAGGAAUACCCCCAAAACCUCUCCCAGUGCCAAGGAUGUGAAACAGGAGAAAAUGGAUGAAUCUGAUAAGAAAUCACCCAAGAAGAGUAAAUCCAAGGAGAGGAAACCUAAGAAAGAUGAAUCGAAGGAAGAUGAAUCAGAACCGAAACCUAAAAAACCGAGAAAACCAAAAACUAAAACUGAAAAAACUAAUGAGGGUAAAGAUGAAGUAUUGACGAGGUUGAGUAAUGAUCAGGUAUUUAAGUCAUUGAAGGAUAAGAUGGAUGACUUACCAUUGGGUGAAUUGAAGGACAAAUUACUUGCAAAAUCACCUUCUGAAUCUUCCACUGACUCAACUUUAUCCAACGAUUCAGAUGAAGAAAGCAAUUCAGAUAAUGAAGCACCACUUACUCAACCGGAAAAAUCACCAAAAAGUACUAAACCUACUAAACAGGAUAGUGAUGAGGAAGUUGAGGAAGUGAAGGAGAAAAGGUCAGAUAAAAUGAAUGGUGUCAAGUCUGGAGACCAAUUUAUUAACAAAGAGAGACUUAAAACAACAUUCAAAACCAAAUUUGAUGUUCCCGAAGGAUGUGAGAUAUUCUGCGGAAAUAUACCAGUGGAAUCAACAGAGGACGAGAUACGUGAGUUGUUUGAAGAAUGCGGAAAGAUAACAAGAGUAAACAAGCUAAACCGUAAAGGAGUGGCGUUUAUAACGUUUUCAAACGAAGAAUCCGCAAAGAAGGCAUUGGAUUAUAACAAUUCACCCUACAAGGGACAGAAUUUGAGUAUUAGAAUUACGGUUAAAAAAGGUCCGAGAACUCAAAAGUUUGGUUCAAACCGUAAAUCUAACUAUUCGUCCUCUAGUUCAUUCGGAUCUUCAGGUUCAGGUUUUGGACAAAAAUACGUUUCCAGAGAGGCUACGAACGAGAUUUGUAUCAGAAAUUUGAACUUCAAUAGCAGUGAAGAGGGUUUGAGAGAGUUGUUCAGCGAGUGCGGUCAAGUGACGAGAUGUUAUAUGCCAAAGUUUCACGACUCUGGAAAACCGAUGGGAACGGCAUUUAUAUCCUUUACAACUGUAGAGGCAGCCAAAAGAGCAGUAGAAUAUGAUAACACAGAUAUUGACGGUAGGACAGUUUCAAUCCAGUAUGCACUGCCAAGAGACCCAAGAAGCUCAAGAGGUAGGGCAACCAAGGGUAGAUUCACCACUGGAGUGAAUAAAUCAGGAACCUUUGCACGCUCGUUUGGACAAAAAAAGUCCACAAACGAUGACUCAAAUCACGUAAACGGUGCUCUAAACGAAUCCUCUGAACAGGAAAACAAACCCAAGUCCAUCAUAUUCGACGAUGAGGAUGAUGAAUAAUCUGGUUUACAUAUA